CCGCGCCUUGACAGUGUGGCUGAAUGGACCGCACUGGGAUAACGUCUCUCACUCGCUCUCGUCCCCAGCUCUUCUACCUCGAGAAGAUCUACGAGAAGGCGCGGAGCAUGAGCCGCUGGAGCGACUCCCUGAGGGCGGUGUUCUACGGGCCCGGCUGGGUCCCCGGGGCGCCUCGCCUGGGGGACCCCGACGGCUUCCCGGACGUCAGGGCCCCCCGGGGGAAGUACGACCCCCAGAUGCCCGCCUGGUUCAUGGCGUACACGGCUCUGCACUUCACUCUGGCCUUCGGGGCUCAGCAGAUACUCCUCGUGCAUCUGAAGGUGUCUCCCUGGUCCACGGCCGCCCUCUUCCUCGCCUUCAUCUUCCUCACCAUGGGCGUCCUCGGCUCCAUGUUCGACGGGUUUCGCUGGGCGCCGCCGCUGGAGGCCGCCCGCUGCGCCGCCUUCCUGCUCUACGCCCGCACGACGCCCAUCACCAGCGCCCCGCCCGUGGACACCGCCCUCUUCCUCUGCUUCUCCAUGAGCGCUGUCUUCUGGACGGUCAUGAGUCUCAGGUCUCUUCGCGCGCCGCUCAAAAUCGUCAAGGAAGAUUGACGUCUUUGUCGAGUGACGUGAAAGAUCCACUAGAAUUUUUUUUUUUUUUUUUUGGGGGGGGGAUUAUUGAAUAGACUUUUUGCUUUUGGAAUGAGGUGGAAUAAUGAAUUAGAUUCUGUUUGUGUGUGUGGAAUGAUUGAAUAGACUUUUUUGCUCUUGGAAUGAGGUGGAGUGAUCGAUAUUUUUUCUUUCUUUCUUUAGUGGAAUGACUGAAUAGACUUUUCUUUAUUAGGUGGAAUGAUAUAUAUAUUUUUUUUGUUAGUGGAAUGAUUUGAAUAGACUUCCCCCCCUCCCCCCCUAGAUGUGGAAUGGUCGGAUAGAACUUGUUUUCUUAAGUGGAAUGAUCGAAUCAGAUACAUACUUUAGAGACAGAGAUAGAAUUUAAGCAGGUGAUUUGGGUAGAAUUAUCCAAUAGAUAUUUUACCAUUAAGGUGGAAUAAUCCAAUUUAUUUUAUCCUAUUAACUUCUUUUUUUUCUCUCUCUUUUUUUUUUUUUUUUUUUACUUUUACGGUUGAAUAAUCGAAUUGCCUUUUUUCCCCUUAAGAAUAUAAACUUUAUAAUACA